UUUGGGCUGCUGACACAGUCUGUUGUUCUAAUCUCGUUUCUCAGUCGCACACUGUCUGCAAACAUCUUAACUCGAUGUAGCAAGUAGCGCAUAUCGCAACACUGUAAACAUAAGCGAAUCUAGUUUAUACGUGACUUCCACAGAAAGGGAAUCACAUCUUUGUUUCCGUGGUGGUGCAGCUAAAUCGAAUAGAUGUCUGACGCUCAAGAAGUCACAAAACCAGACGAGGAGAACAAAUGCAUAGUGGCCGAGGAGGGGUCAGAUAGCAGCAGUGACGAGGGUGAAGCAUCCGGAGAUACAGAAAUGGAUUUCCUGCGCAGCCUGUUUUCCCGAACUCUGGGUCUGGGACCCGGAGAAAAGGUUUUGGACGAGCUGACACUAGAGGGGGUGGCCCGAUACAUACAAAGUGACAACUGCAAGAAUAUCAUCUGCAUGGUUGGUGCCGGAAUAUCGACAUCGGCUGGAAUCCCAGACUUCCGUUCUCCGGGAACAGGCCUCUAUGCCAACCUCCAGAAAUACAACCUACCAUACCCUGAGGCAAUAUUCCAGGUCGAUUACUUCAAGAAACAUCCUGAGCCUUUCUUUGCCUUGGCCAAGGAGCUAUACCCUGGACAAUUCAAGCCCACAGUGUGCCACUACUUCAUCAGGAUGCUGAGAGACAAGGGGCUACUCAAGCGAUGCUACUCCCAGAACAUUGACACUCUGGAGCGAGUGGCUGGGCUUGGGGACAGUGACCUAGUGGAGGCUCAUGGAACCUUCUACACCUCCCACUGUCUCAGCUUCCUCUGUCGGCAGCAGUACUCUCUUGAAUGGAUGAAAGAGAAGAUUUUCUCGGAUGACAUCCCCUUGUGUGACAAGUGCAGUGGCCUGGUCAAGCCUGAUAUUGUAUUCUUUGGUGAAAACCUGCCAAGCCGAUUCUUCACUGCCAUGGCCACGGACUUCCCUCGUUGUGAUCUGCUCAUCAUCAUGGGUACCUCUCUGCAGGUGCAGCCCUUUGCAUCCUUGGUGGGCAGAGUCCCUAAGAACACUCCUAGACUCCUCAUAAACAUGGAGAAAUCAGGGGAGGGUGACUUCUUGAGUGGGAUGCUUGGAUUAGGGGGAGGAAUGGAUUUCGACUCAGACAAAGCUUACAGGGAUGUAGCUCAUAUCAGCACCUGUGAUGAUGGCUGCCUUGCUCUCGCUGACCUCCUAGGAUGGAAGGAGGAGCUACAGGAGCUGGUGAAGCAGGAGCAUGCGGUGAUUGACAGCAAAAACAAGAAGGAGAAAGCUGAAUCGGAGAAAGCUGCAUCAGGACAGCAGAGUUCAUCAGGGGCCACGGGUAACACAGAUCCCGCGGAGGGAGCUGAGAAAAACAAAAAAGACUAGUUAGUGAAAAGUGGAAACUCAGAGUGGACAGAGAUCAGUUGUUGUUGCAAUGAAGUGAACAUACGUAAUUUCUCACCUUUUUAUGUUCCUCUUCCUGCUUUCUUUGUUGGGUAACACUUUACUUGACGCUGG